AUGGCUUGCAAUAUCGGCACCCUGAUGGAGGGGUCUACCCCCACAACUUCGGCUUUCGAUAAUAUAAAUGCACAGGCCAAGAAUCGUUUAUUUAUAGUACCGUUUGCAUCUUUACCACACAACAUUUUAGAGCUUAUUUUCUGGAAUCUUCCGCCUGCUGAUCGUGUUCACCUCUGCCUCACUUGCAGGAGGGUAUUUUCUAUUUUAGUGUCACAAUUGUAUGCGAAUAUUGUCUAUGCUCCAGACACAAACAAAGGAGAUGGAAACAAUACAGUAACCGCUGGUUUAGGCAACUUCACCGUUAUAAACCGCCGUGAUGUCUCCCAAUUUUUCAGUGCUCUCAACUUGAAGAAUGCUACAUUUAACUUCAAAUAUGCAGAUCUUGUACAAAAGUUGUUUUUGGGUGAGCUGUCAGAUCGAACAAUAUUCGAUCUUAGUCGGUGGCGAGAGUUGGAAUGCCCACAUUUUGGUAAUUUGCGAUUCUUUGAGUUUUCGGAGUUGAUUCCAAUUAGACCCUUGACACUAGAAGAGGCGCCUAAUUUAACAAAAGUGUUUAUAGAUGAGAAUUUUUGCAAUGAGGCCGAAAUCCACCAAGGGCAGGUUGAUUUUGUUGAUUUCUCAAAGAUAACAGAGAUCUGUUUCAAGGGGAAGAUGGGAAGAAACGAGGAUAUGCUGAUAUUUGGGCUUUUGACAAAGCACCCGCAGUUAAUAGGACAGAUUACAGGGUUACAUUUCAUGGUGGAUCCGACCAACGAGCAUUAUGAUCGCGUAUAUCGACGCGUCGUUGGCUUUUUUGCCAUUCUUCGACGCAUGGGGCUCGUGCUUGGCAAUUUGACAAAGCUUUCCUUCCCACUGACGAACCAUUCCACUGCAGUUAUUGUGAAUCUUAUCGGUAAGCACGUUUACUUUGAGAAUUUGAGCCAUUUAGAGUUGUACAUAGAGGAUGAUGGUGGAGUGAUCAACCUCGUAGAAUCACUCCAGGAGCUUUCAUCCAUUGUGCGUGAGCGGGGAUCAUCAAUUUCUCAUUUGUCCGUUAGCUACAGAUUGACCAAGGAAGAUGUAGAAAAAAAUCAUCUUCGUGCAAUGUCACUUUUGAGGCUAAUGGAGCCAUUUAUGGAAUUGCAAACGAUCAACAUCCGUAUUCUGAUUGAGGGAUUGGAUUUGUCCAAUCUGCUCAUGAUUUUCGGAACUCCACUCUCGAACAACAUGCAAACUUUGAGAAGUAUUCGUAUCGACGCGUCGACGCCGUCAGAAAACCUAGUGGCAAGUGUUCUGCCAACUUUAGGCGAUGUGAACAUGCUUUUCCCGCACUUAAACUAUCUCUACAGGUGCUCGUGCAAGAGCUGCAAAGAAAUAAUGCACAAUUUACUUAAAUUCAAUGAUUUCCCUGCAAACAGUGGAAUGAUGGAAGAGUCAAUACAAGUUUCUACAUUAAUGAUAGUGGGUCACGAACUCGACGCGUCGCAAGGGUCGAUGCAGACAGAGCCGUGCGAUUUUGCUAGGGGUGAGCCAGAUUGGCCAAUGAGAAUACAAGGCUCUUCCAAAGCUGGAGGAUGCCUUUUUGACCAUUUAAUAAAUUACCAGCUAAAUGAGUCACUGGAGGGUUUUCCAUGUUUGGAGACUUUUGAGAUAUGCGGAAUGGUUUACGUGAGAGAUGCAAAUGGUCGCUUAAGUCUUCCGUUUCAGGAGAAGUUUAGUGGUUUAAGUGAGGAGCAAUUGACUGCAAUGGUAGAUAUACGACAAAUCUUUGAUGGUGCUUAUUAA